CAGAGUAGCCACUGAAGCCUCGCUAGUUGCACUGCGCAGCAAACCAGUAGCACCAAACUGGCAAGUUACGGUUCAUCAACCUUAAACUGCAAACAUUCCGUGUUUGGAAGGCGUAACUAUGUUUUUCCUUUGUGACCACGGUGCGCAAAGGCUUUUUACUGUCGCUAAAACUCACUGACAGUUUUUUGGCCGUUUUGAAUUUUUUUUUUCCUGAAGUGAACAAAGUGGACGGAGUCGCCCGUGGAGUGGGGUGCGACUGCCAGAGUGCGGGAGAGCGAUAAAGGGUUAAGGACGGAAGGUGGAAAGUGCGUCUCAGCAUGGAUGAGAAUGAGCAGAGCGCAAGAGACGUGGAACAGCGAGGAGCGUCGGACGAGUCCAACAGUGCCAUACGACCCCUUUUACAAGCUCCAGGAAACCUGCAGCUGCCACACCGAAUCACAAACUUCUUCAUCGACAACAUCCUGCGACCAGAUUUUGGCCGUAAAAAAGAAGCGAAUAUUACGCGCUAUGAGGACAAUCACGGCGCACGAGAGAAUCACAACCCUACGGGUCCAAGCACGGGACAGGUGGGAAGUACUGUACCAGCGGAAGAAGCUUCCACAACGCAUACGAGCAGCGGAGGAAAGGAGGCAGAGAUAGAGAGCGAAGAACCCCUGAAGCCCCGCGGGGAGAAUGUGGAUCAGUGCUUGGGUUCAGAAUCGGAUAGUUCACAGAGCAAUUCAAACGGACAGACUGGUCAGGGUAUGCUGUGGCCCGCUUGGGUUUACUGCACACGCUACUCGGACAGGCCGUCGUCAGGUCCCAGGUCUCGUAAACCAAAGAAGAAAGCCGCAAGUAAAGAAGACAAACGACCACGCACGGCCUUCACGGCGGAGCAGCUUCAGAGACUCAAGGCCGAGUUCCAGACCAACCGCUACCUGACCGAGCAGCGGCGGCAAAGCCUGGCGCAGGAACUGGGCCUCAACGAAUCUCAGAUCAAAAUCUGGUUCCAAAACAAGCGGGCCAAAAUCAAAAAGGCCAGCGGCGUCAAGAACGGUCUGGCAAUACACCUGAUGGCACAGGGACUGUACAACCACAGCACCACGUCAAAGGAGGACAAAUCAGACAGUGACUGAGGCAGAGAGAGCGGGGAGGGGGAAGAGAUGGGUGGGGUGGACCGGGUGGGGGGCAAGGUUAUAUUUACAAUGCAAUAAUUCAAAAGAAUAAAGGGCCAGUUAAUAAAUAUACCAGCAUUACUGACGUUAAAAUAGAGGCUAUAUCGAAUUAUGUCAAAGUACAUUUAUUGAACACAAUUCUCUUAUGAAAUAAUGGUCAAAUUAUUUCAAAAAUAGGCUAUACGUGCCGUUGUUUGCACUUGGAUAGAGUGUCUAUGUUAGAAACAAGUGUUUCUAUCGCUCUUUGUCAUGUCACCAGAACCAAGCGCUAUUAGCGCAACGGGCGUUUAUAUAUACAUUUAUGUCAGUUUAUGUGAGAAAAAAAACAUUGCGCGAAACCUUGCUUAAGUCCAAAGAGUCUUUUCUGCUGCAUCCAGGCAACUGUGAGUACUAUGAAAUGCGUUAGACUUGUUUUUUCCACGUUUUUCGUAUUAUUUGGUUUGAUGUUUGAUACGAAAUGGACGCAGCAAUCGUUCGGAUCUCAGCAGGAUUUUUUAACAAACAGAAAAAAGGAAACUGAGAAGAAACACUGUCCUUUUUAUUGUAAAUAAGUUCACAGUCUUAGCCUGGCUAAUUUAAAAGAGUGAAAUGGAGGAGGAAGAAAUCACAAAACUUGUUUAACAGUGCAUUGUAGGUUAUCUGGUUGAACUACAUGUGAACUAGCCUAAUAUUUUCGAAAUAACAUUGAACUAACCUUCAUAGCCUGGUCAAAACACAAAACACAAAAUACUGGGUGCGCUAAAUAAACAAAUGUACCGCAGCGUCUUAAAUCGCAUACAUAGUUUUAUAAAAGAGCAAUAUAAUCAUCUUUUGUAGCAAAGUAUGUUUUAACCAUUUAAAUGCUGCCUAUAAUCGUGUAGCACUGACAAUGAUUUCGCUUAUGCGCACUCUUGACUGAAGCCAGGGUAAGCGCCACAACACAUCACACAGAAAUAUAAACAAAUAUAUAAAUAUACAGCUAUAUAUAAAACACAAACACACACAACUAUCGAAUAAAAAAUAAGCAAACCAGCUGUUUACUGUAUGACAGAUGUUAAAAUACUGUUUUAAUGUUGACUUCAUAUUUGUUAUGUAUUUAUAUAGAUUAUAUUAAGGAAGAAAAAAAACUUUAUCCAAUGACCGGUGUUGCUUUUUAUGUGAGAGUAGAUUUCUAAGGUGUUUAAAUUGCUUAUUUAUAUUGCAAUAACUUCUUUAUGUGAAUAAAGCGGUAUUGGGGCCUUUGCAUGAAAGCUGCAAAUUGUCAUAUUAGGCAUAUUCACGCGUGUUUAGAAAAGUAAAAAAGGGUAUGAUCGAGAUUUAAGUUGCAGACUGUAUCCAUAUACCAAAUUGUGGAUUUUUUUUACUUGUCGAAUCUUUGUUUUACACCUGAAAAGAGUGUGUGACUAUAUAGCCACCAAACCUAACACACUUUGCCUUACAAGUUCAAGUGCGAACUUAAUAUCACAGAACUGUGCCGAAUCAGAGAAACAGUAUUAGUUCAAUUGCAUAUGAGCAUAUCUAUGAAUAUGGCCUUCUAUCUGAUAUACGACCUAAUGAAUUUACUCAUCAGCGAAGAUCUAUCUAUAAAAGCUAUGUUGAAAGCUGAAAUGAAAAAAAUUGAGAUAAUACAAUGCUAUUUUUAUUUUGUGUUUACAGGUACUGUUUGUUAUAUGUGUAAAUAAUUUGUAUCACGUACCUACGUAUUAAUUGUGUAAUUAACUGCCUCCUGAAAUCUUGAUAAGAAUUAAAUAAACAAUAUGAAUAAUAA